UUUCACUCAUUUCUAGUCAUUACAAAUAAUACUAUUUAAACAGCCCAAAGCUCAUAUAAAUUUGCACAAUCUUUCUUGCUGUUAAACUGAUAGAAUUGGACUCGAACUACACUAAAGCAGAAGCUAUUAUGGUAUUUAUACAGGCUUAAAACUAUUACAUCAUACCAGCAAUUCAACUUAUCAGGUCAGCCAGCAUCAAUUUUUCUACAACUCAGCAAAAUUCCACUCAAACUCGAGGCGAUUGAAAGUUAGAAUCCAACUCAAAGAAUAAUUUUUCUUGGCAAAAAAUGAGCAAAGGCGACUUCGAGUCUAAUUUAGAGGCGGCUGGAAGUUUCGGAAAAGCACAAUGGAUUCUCGUGUUUAUGAACUUGUACAUUAUGGGUUAUAGCGGUUGGCAAACAUAUAUUCCCGUCUUUUCAACUCGAAAAGUUGAUUUUUACUGUAUUGACUCUCGAAACAAUUCCAAGGUCAAUCUAGUUGACUUAUAUUCCAAUUUGCAGACGAUGAAACUCUCCGAAGUCUUUGAAAGCAAUGGAUCCGAGUUCGACCAAAUAUGUGUCGACCACUGUAGUCAGUACGUUUACAAAUCGAAGCCCGAUUCAAUUGUUUCUGAAUUCAACUUAGCAUGUGGGAGCGACACAUUUUUGGUAGCUUUUUCAAAUUCUAUCUAUUUUAUUGCAUGCUUCAUUUCGUGCUUCGUAAGCGGCUAUCUUUGUGACAAAUAUGGACGCAAAAAUGUCGCUUUUUUCCUAAUUAUUAUCCAGUGUUUAAGCACAACUGGGAUAAUUUUCACUCACAACAUAUACCUCUACAUAGGCUUGCGAUUCGUAGCUGGUUUCGGCACUUUAACCACUAGUAUCGAUUACAUAAUUUUCGCGGAAUCAGCAGACAAAAAAAUUCUUUCCAAGAUGGGUUUGACAAUUAUGAUUUCAUUUGUGCUCGGUGAGUUUUCUUGUAUUCUUUGCGGCUACUUCAUCCAAGGAUCCUGGCAUCUGCAAUUUGCCGUCUUAGCGGUUCCUGGAUAUGUUUAUGCUGUAUUGCAUUUCUUUUUCAUGCCAGAAAGCGCGCGUUGGCUACAUUCGCAGAAAAAGUACGCAAGGGCAGAAGAAGUAUUGAAGAAAAUCGCCAAAAUCAAUAACAGAGAUCCGUUGACAAUUCAUCUUUACGACACUGAUGAAAAUCUCGCCAACAACUUCCAAAACAGCGAGACAAGUUCGAGCACUCAAAACCUCAUUGAGGCUACAAGCGAUGAAUCUGAUUCCGAUGUCAGAUUACCAACAACACCAUCACUUUUAGAUCUUUUCAAAACAGUUCCUAGCGCCCUAUUAACUUUGAGUGGUGCUUUAUCGUGGUUCUCGGCUUCAUUGGUGUACUACGGACUAACUUACGACGUGCAGAAUAUUGGGGGUGACUUUUAUCUUAAUGCUAUUCUGUUAACGUUUACUGAAAUACCAGCUUGGUUUGUUUGCCUUGCCAUGGACAAAUUCGGCCGACUUCGCACAUUCUAUAUAUCCUUAUUCAUCUGCUCAAUAGCCUGUGCCAUACUUCCCUUUACAGCACCUUUACUAAACGGUAACCUUCAGAUCGCGUUUGCAGUGCUUGGAAAGUUUUUAUCAACCGGAGCUUUUGAUUCUCUUUACGUCUACACGCCUGAACAACUGCCUACUGUUUUGAGGACAACCGGCAUAACAUUUUGUUCAGCGGCAGCUCGUAUCGCUUCAAUUUGUGCCCCUUUCAUUAUCGAAAUCAAGGCCGGUCCUUACAAUUCAGUGCCGUUUAUUAUUUUUGCAGUCAGCGGAUUGAUAACUUGCAUUUCAGUGUUCUUAGUUGGAGUAGAGACAAAAGAUAAGCCGUAUAUUACAACAAUCGAGGAAUAUCAGCAGUUGGCACACACUAAGGAGGUGAAACAGAUCCAAAACAAAGUUGAGGCCCCAUUGAGUGGAGCAUAAUAAAUAGUUUUGGUGAAAUUAUUUCGGACCAACUUUUUAUUAUCACUU